CAAAUAUGGCGAAACGGGCGAUAACCUACGAUGUUUUUGUGGGUAAUCUACCCACCGACGCUAACGAACGAAAUGUUGGCAAAAUAUUUUCAAAAUAUGGGGAAAUCCAAGGAAUUAUUGUAAAAGAACAGAAUAACAACCCACUCGUCAGAUAUGCCUUCGUGAAGUAUCUGUGUGAACCGGAUGCUGAUAAAGCAUGUUCAGAAUUAAAUGGACAAGAAGUACAAGGAAAAAAGGUGUCUGUCCGGCGUCAGGAACAGAGGAAAGGUAAAAUGGGGCUGGGAAAGGAUACCAAUAGUCUACAGCAGCGUCCACCAGGUAGCCGCAUUGGCAAGACUUCACAGCCUGAUAUUGUUCCAGAAGGUGCUGAUUCAGACAAUGUAUCCAAUUCUGGGAGUACAAGCAGCAACAUUAAUGAGAAGGAGUCUGUGAUGGUUACAUUUGUGGAGAGUUGUGUAACAGUCUGGGUUCAAGUUGUCAAUGAAGAAAACACCAAUAAACUAAUGAACAUUACCGAACAGUUAGGAGCAUUGUGUCCGGCAGCUUCCAAAGUCAACGAUCCAUCUCAGCAAUCAAAGGUGUAUGCAGCCCAGUUUUCUGAAGAUAACAUGUGGUACAGAUGUUCAAUCAAGCAAUUCAUAGGAACAGAAAAGGUCAAAGUUCAGUAUAUAGAUUAUGGCAACAGUGAAGAAAUCUCGGUGAACAGCCUAGUGGAGAUCCCACAGACCCUUGCUUCCAACAAACCUUUAGCAACCAAGUUUAUGUUGCAUAAUACCAAAGCCAACAAGUUUAAUGAUAUAAAUGGAAUCUCUCUGCUGAGAAAGUUAACAGAAGGAAAGGUGAUAGAGGCUGUACGCACAAGGAAGCUUGGUGAUGGGAAUGGUCACUAUGCUUUGAUCUAUUUGGAUGGGCAGAGCAUCAAUGACAUGAUGAUAGAAGAGGGGUAUGCCACUAAACGUCCCCCAGCCAAUACCCGUCCAAUGACAGAAUCCUUGGACCAGUUAGGUGGUAGUCAGCUAUUUGGGAGCGGAGACCCUCUGGUAGGUACGUCUUCCCAGAGGUACAACAGAUUUGCCAGUGGUGAUGCUGGACCAUUUGCCUUGGGAGGUGGAGGUUAUGCUGGAGGUACAGAUGCAGUAGUGAGUGGUGGCCCCUUCCCACAGGGCAGACAGCUGGCCCAAAGCAAUAGCGGAAAUGAGGAACUUUUGAAAAACGAAUUGAACAAGAAAAAACGAGAGGUUGAUAAAUUGCGUGGGGAGGUGGCAAAGAGGGAUCUUCAGCUACAGCAAUUGACCGCAAACAAGGUGCAGCUACAAAGUGUUGUUGACAUAGCUGAUAAGGUGAAAAGACUCAGGGUGCAGUUUCCAACCGGACGCUCCAGUGGCAUCGAGGAGGCCAUGGCUUUAGCACUCUCGAGUGAGAAAGUUCAGAACUCAUCAGUCCAUUCCCUCCAGGCUGUGAUGUCCACGAUGUCCACUUAUAAGGCUGCCCAGAAGGAAAUCAUCUGCUCCAGCAAUCAUGAGGAGUUAGCAAACCUGAUCCUGGAGAGAGAUAAUGCCAGGAGAGACUUGCAUGGCAAGUUACAGGAGUGUAUAGACGAGUUGGGGAGGAUGCCACUUGAUACCAGAUACAAAGCACUCAAGGAUACAGAAGAGAAAGUGAUUAACGACUACAAAAUGUUCAUAGGCUACAAUGUUCAUGGAUGCCCUCUCCUGGAAGAUCUUGCAUUUGGCUUUAAGGAUUGGAAGAUUCGAAAGGAAGAAGAGUUUCGUUUAGUACGAGAGAAUUGUGAUGCCUGUCAGAAUAGCAUGACAACAUUCUUAAAUCGACUGUUGGGACUGAUGUCACUUGAAAAGCCAACAGAGGAUGCUAACUCCGUGGUGGAUUUGGAUAACCUUCUGAGAUCAUAUAGCCAGGCUUUACAACAGGAGCUUGUAAUCACUGAUCUCGAACAUAGCUCAGAUGCCAACAUGGUUGCCACAAUCUUAGCUGCUAUAUUAAAAGAAUUAAGAGGCGAAAUGAAGACACUAGAAAAUUUGAAAGGAGUUGCUUCUGACUUCACAAAUUUGAAGUCUUCCAUUGAACCAUGGCUGGAGGCUAGGCCAAACUUAGGAAGCAUCACAGAAAGGAGGAAGGCAAUCCGCAGCCUUAAAUCAAAACUUCGACACAAGGAGGCUGACAGACAAGACCUGGAGGAGAGUGGUGAUGGUACAGUAGAAGAGAUGGAGGAGAUACAACUGGAGGUGGCUGAAUUGAAAUCCAAGCUUCACAAAGAACUUCUCUCUAUGGAUGACUUGUUGGCCAGCUUAGCUGUCAAUGCAGAUGAGCACUUCCCAGAGUUGAGCCUUCAACACCAAGACAUUGGCAUUGACAUUCAACUGGGAUAUGGUGGCCUGGUAAAACUUGGGCGUGACAUUGAACACUACACCUUGCAGAAGACACCAAGGACUGGCAUGUACUCCAGUGUUUUUGCUAACAAACCAGUCUACAUUCAGGAACUUCACAUCAAUGAUGAUGAUCAUGUAAAUAAAGAAGAAUUUGUUCAACACAUUAUUGCUUAUGCGGAUGUUGCCAGCAAUUGUGAUUUUCUGAUGAGACUAGAUGGAAUAUUCUUCUCAAAGAAUGAGCGUUCAGCUUAUAUCCAGAUGGAAUGGAAUGAGAUACAACUUUUACCUGAUCUUAUGAAGAAAGGAAUUAUGUCGGACCAGGCCAAGCAAAAGGUAUUUGAAGGCAUAACAGAGGGCUUGAUGCACCUACACAACAAAGGCUUUGUCCAUGGUGAGGUAAACCCGUCCAACAUAGGCAUUAAACCAGAUGGUUCUUCCAUUUUGCUGCCUCCAGACUUCUCAAGAUCUGUGUUGGAUCGUGUAAGGAAGAGGUAUGUCACGGAGAAUGGGUUAACAUUUGUUCCCAUAGAAAUGGUUACCUACGCCCAGCAAGGUUUGACACCACAGGUGUCCACUACCUGUGAUUUGUACAAUCAUGGUCUUCUACUUCUCUGGUUACACAAUCCUCAAGGGUCUGUUGAGCUACAGCAUGAUGGAUCUCCCAAGCUUAUGAGUAUGAGGCUGGAAGCCACUGUGAUGGAGUUGCUGUAUAGUCAACUGUUCCCAGUCUGUGACAAAAGACUCCCUGUUAAACAGAUACUCAAGUCUAGAUACCUUAACCAAGUCAUUCUACCAAAACCAGUGCCUGAUAGUGCUCCAAGGGACAUUGUAUGUGAGAGCCAAGUAUCAGAACCAAUUAUGAAUGAGGGAUCAGACAAUAUGACUUCCACAGAGUCAUCGGUACCAGGAUGUGGUCAAGAUUUGGAUAGUACAGGACAACACCAGCCUAUGGAGGACACCAUGUCCAACAUUGGGGUAUUUGACUUUAACAAUAUGGCAACCACCAGUAGUUCAGACAUAGGCACUGAACAGGCUUCAGAGGCCAUAUCUGAAAACACUUCUGGUGUCGACCAGCUGGCAAGAGAUUUAGCUAGUAUUGGUAUGCCAGCUUAUCAGACCGACCUGUCGGGGCUGGAUGAUACUACAGGACUAACCAGUGAACACAGUGUGGAGGAUACGGCGGGAGAUCUGGUUACAACAGAUAGUGAUAAUGCUGGGUGUGGGUUAGACAGUGAACAAACAGAAGACAAACAGGCUGAGACCAAUCAGACAAUCUCAGAAACACACACUGCUGAGCAAGAUACAGAGAUCCAAGCCCCAAAGCAAACGGUGUCCGAGUCUCAACCAAGUACUGAACAGACCAGCUCAGUCAAUGAUCUAGAAUUGGUGACAUCAUCAUUUGCCAGUCCUCACUCAUUUCUUCGCCAAGACACAAGUUCAAGGUCACCACUUCAUAGACUGCUCAAAAUUGCUGCAUCAAAGGAGAACCUUUGAAUUGACAUUGAGCGCCAGAUCAUUUGAUUCUUUUUGUCUGAUCACAAACCUCAUCUGUUGAACAAGAUUAGCAUUCACAAGUUGUGCAAGGCAAGGCGGAAAUAGUUGUUUGUGUUUAUAUUAUAUCCAAGUUUUAUGAUUUUUAUGAUUUCAUAUAUUGUAUUCUUCAUUACACAAUCAAGGGAACCCCAUAGCGAACAUGAUUUAGUUAACAUCAUUAGUUUAUAAACUUGAAUCAUUUAGGUCCUGGAUUGAAAAAUUAAAACAUAUCCAAAUUUAUGCAAGUACCAGGUAGGAUCCAGAGGGAUAUUACUUUGAGGCCCGACAAAUGGUUAUCUGUUAGUUAUAAUCUAGUUCUUUGUUCAGGUGUACUUGUGUGGACACCUCAUAGGUAUCCAUUAUUUGUAUAUUUUCAGAUACAAUGGGAAAUUACCUUAUAACUGUUUGCAGGUAUGGUCCAGAAAAUAUAAAUGGGUCACUAAAUGAGGCUAGCCUGGUUUGGCUGCUAUCAACUAAAAUUAUCCUUUUAUGGAGAGAUUGAUUGGUACACUUAUUAAUGGUCGGCUCACUAUUCACUUGUGAUUAAACCAGAAUAUGUAUAGAAAAUAUCAUAAGUGGCCCCUGAAAUUGUUACAAUAAGUAGAACCAGGGUGGGACAGUGGCCAUCAGUCAUUUCCAUCUAGAUACACUUAACAAUAAUUCAUGUUUAGAGUAGAUGUGUUGUGCAACCCUGAAAAUAUGCUUUCCCCCCCCCCCCCCCC